GCCUUGCUGAUGUUCCUGUCUGUUAAGAGAUAUGUAGUUUCCUGAACUGUUUUUCUUUGGAACUAAGAUGUUUUUGCCUGUAUGACCAUCAUCAUACAAGAUUCUCAGAACUGGGCCCGUGGCCGUCCGGCGGCCCAGUCGUCCACUUUCCCGCAACGGGGCCUGGUCUUCAGCCGGGCGGAGAGUGCCGUGGACGGGGACCGGGACGGAGACUGGCACCACGGCUCCUGCAGCCACACCACGAAGGAGCCGGGGCCCUGGUGGAGCGUGGACCUGGGCGCCCGCCUGGCCGUCAAGGCCGUCGUGGUCAAGAACCGCUCGGACUGCUGCUCGGAGCGGAUCAAGGGGGCUCGGAUCCACGUCGGGGACUACCAGGACAGCUACGGCAAAUGCGGCUCCGUCUGUGGGACAGUCACCAAUGGAAGCGCUGGCUCCCUCAGCAUCGUUUGCUGUGACGGACUCAAAGGCCGCUAUGUGAGCGUCACCAUCCCUGACCGGACGGAAUACCUGACCUUCUGUGAGCUGGAAGUCUAUGGCUCCCGGCUGAGAGAUGAAUGCUAGGGACCCUCCAGAAAGGAAGAAGACCGGAAGCAGGAAGGCACAAUUCCAGCCAAAGGCAUCCUAAGGGUCCUCUAGUCUAUUGCUUCUUCAACUGUGGACCCCGACCCCAAAUGGGAUCCCUUUAAGGCACAAAAAAAUGGCAACAGUAAAAGUUUUCUGAACUCCACUGUUACACCCCUGGGCAGCGAGAACACUGAAAACCAACACAAAGGCCAAUAACAAUAUAAUAUCUUUAUUGAAGCAAAUAAAGUUCAAAAAAAAUAAGCAAAAAAGUUGAGCAG